ACUACUCUGAAACAGUAUUUGUUGCAUAGCCUAUUGUAUAGCCUACUAUUUCACAGACUAUUCUUAAAAGAAUAUAGGCAGUAUUUAUUUAUUUUACCUUCAACCACAUUCAUUACUGAGGGUACAGCCUACCCAGUGGAUGUGAUAAGCACGGUUAUUUAUUGUGGAAGGUUUGUGUGUUUAAGUGCAUUCAAGAGCACCAACAACCAGCGUUACAGUCCUAAUGAGCAGAACCCGUGUGGUAAUAACAUGUAGCCGCUGUCACACUGCUGUAUGUGCGCCACCGCAUGUUCUCUAGCAUAGCCUAAAGAAACCCACGGCGGUUUAUUAAAAUGAUAUAUGUGCUCUGACAAGACAAGCAGGCGGUUGAUUGAUUAUUCUCCAUCUCUGAAUGAAGUCCUGCUCACACAGAGGCGAGAGGACGCGACUGCGAUUGGUGACACUGAGGAGACUAAAAUGGGAGAACAUCACUGGAGCCCUGUCAGUGAAGAGAGACACACAAAGGCGACUGACAACCAGCAGCCAUUCGAAAAGAGCCGAACGGAUGCUUUUUACUGAUCGUCAUACGGUGUGAACAGUGACUAAACAGUCAUCAGACCUUCAGGCUGGUGUUGGUGAUAUCUGAAAGACGCCUAAUGCGUUAUCUCCCACAUUGUCUCUGUCAACAUGCCCACCUUUCCACCUCUGGGCAGUAACUCCAGCACAGUACCCUGGGACCCUGGCGCGCCCCUGUCGCCGUCUCUGGUGAACAGCACGGUGAAGAUGGUGCUCAUAUCGGCGAUUGUGUGCACUUCGCUUUUUGGAAACGUCGUGGUGCUUCUGGUAUUCCAGCGCAAGCCACAGCUUCUCCAUGUCGCCAACCGCUUCGUGCUCAACUUGCUCCUGGCCGACCUUCUGCAGACGGUGCUGGUCAUGCCCUUCGCCAUUGCCGCCACGGUGCCCGAUGUCUGGCCGCUGGACGCCCGCCUGUGCCAGGCCCUCGUGGUGCUCAUGCACCUGUUUGCAUUCGCUGGCGUCAACACCAUCAUCGUGGUGUCCGUAGAUCGCUACCUGGCCAUCAUCCACCCGCUGUCCUACCCCACUCGAAUGACACCUCACCUGGGUACCAACCUGAUCGCUCUCACCUGGCUUCUCAGUGCGCUUCAGAGCACUCCCCCACUGUAUGGAUGGGGAACCAUCGAAUUCGACCGCCGCCACAAUGCCUGCACUGUUGUGUGGUCCUCAAGCUACUCAUAUUCAGCACUGGUAUCCGCACUUUCGUUCUGGCUGCCUGUGGUGAUCAUGCUUUGCUGCUACUGGAUGGUGUUCAGAGCUGCAAGACGGCAGAACGCUCUCGUUCACCCCAUCCAAUCCAACCCUCCUCCGGAUUCCCAAGCAUCCUGUUCCAGCCCCCAAAGGCAGCAGCCCCAACCAGAGGGGCCUUUUUCGGCCACUUACCCCAUCAGGACCCGCCACAGACGCUUCCACUAUCACUGUAAGGCGGCGCGAGUGGUGUUUGUCAUCAUGGCAUCUUACCUGCUCAGCAUGGGCCCAUAUAGCGUUCUGAGCACUAUAUCCAUUUACUCCAGCACAGCAGUGCCGCCAUGGUUGUCCUCGAUGGCGCUCAUUCUAUUCUUCCUGCAGUGCUGCUUACACCCCUACAUCUAUGGCUACAUGCACCGCAGUGUACGCAAGGAGUUCCUGGCACUGCUCUGCGGGCCGCUUUGUGGGCAGGGACGGAUCAGUCAAGGCUCCGCCGUGGAUAGCUGCUUCACGGUGACGGACGGGCGUCUGGCGCACACCCACCUUUCAAGCCAGACUACCCGUGUGUGCCCUCUCCGCACCUGGGAGGAAGGCACAACGUCUUCAUCCCCUACAGAGAGGAGGUCUAAAGAUAGCCGAAAGGAGACCACCUCCAUCAGUCUAAGCUCAGAAAAGGAGCUCACUGUACACAGCAACACCAACAAGCAACCUGAGGAAACACCUAAAGGCAAAUUCUGAACAUUUUUUGGUUUUCUGCAUUGGGCACAGUUUGGUACUUUCAAAUCAAAUACUGUGCCUUAAAAACACAAGCUCACUAAAUACACUGUAAACAUAUGUGUUAGCUACGCUAUGGACCUACUUUGCGGUUAGUAUAUACAAAAAUAAUAUACAAAAACGGCAAUAGAAGAGCCUAACAAACAUAGUUUCUUGGCAGGAAAUAUGGAGAUGCAUGUCAAUGAUGAUAGACUGUUUAAAUCAAAUUUAAUACACCUAUUCAGCAAGGAUCCAUUAAAUUGCAUUAAAAUCACGGAUUACACAAAAAUAUUAAGCAGCACAACUGUUUUCAACAUCGAUAAUAAUAAGAGCAGCAUAUUAAAAUGAUUUCUGAAGGAUCAUGUGACACUGAAGACUGGAGUAAUGAUGCUGAAAAUUCAGCUUUGCAUCACAGGAUUAAAUUUUAAACUGUAUUCAAAUUUAUUUAAAAUUGUAAUAUUAUUUCACAAUAUUACUAUUUUUACUGUAUUUUUGAUCAAAUAAAUGCAUCAUUAGUAAGCAUGAGAGACUUAAAAACAAAAAAAAUUAGCUUUUGAAUGGUAGUGUAUGUUUACACUGUGUAUUGGAAAGUGGUUUAAAAUCUACUUUAAUCAGUUACAGUACACAUGCCAUAGUUAUUUCAACAGACUGGAAACAGUCUGAAAAAUCAAAUACCUUUGUACAAACACCUUUGUACAUGUGGUUUAAAAUAUAAAAUAUUGGAGACAUGGUAUAAAGUGCUCCAUAAAAUACAGAAUAUUGAUUUUCUUUUAGUGGUUUAAAAUAAUACUGGAAUAUUAGGAAGUAAAAUGUUGGAAAAAUACUUUUUGAGACAGUAUAUAUUAGUGUGUAAUAUGUCUAACAAAAUGAAUGUUCUUUGUAUACGUCGAUGUCAAAUGUAUUACUUCUUUACGAUUUAAAGACAAAGUAUUGUUUUGAAAUGAAUUUAGAAUACAUGUGGAGAGAUUUUUUUUGUCUAUUUUUAUAAGCAUACAUACAACGGUAUCAACUGAAUCAUUGCCUCUGGAGAAAAGUUCUCUUAAAUGUGAGAAUAGUCACAAGCAAACUGUUUUAUGAAAUUGAAAACAUUUAUUUAUUUAUUUUUCAUGCAUCAAUAAUACUUAAGCGAUGAAUCUCAUCAACAUUAGGGUAUGGGUCAGUUAUUCACCUUAAUUCUGUUGGUAUUUAAAAGAUGGAGGGUUUCAGUAUUUGUAUUUUGAAGAGGGUGAUUUAAAAUAUGUAUUCUUCAUUUUAGCAUUUGUUGAACUGCCUUCAAUCCUUUUGAUUUUUGGGUGAAAUGUGACCUGGAGAUUCACCCAAGAGCAGCUAAUGAGCUAAGGAUCUCAGGGUAUUUAUGAUGUACCUCUUGACCAGUGUGGAGAGUCAGCUCUCUUAAAGAGUGCCUCCCUAGAUAAAUUGUAUAUUGUCUCUGUGUAGUAUAAGAUGUUCAAUCCCCUGAUGCUGCCAAAUGCAACAUAUAGCCACUGACAUGAUGUGGGAUUAAAUAAGCUGGCUUCGCAAAUGAUGAAGCACUUUAUGUUAUGGACCACUGCAGGAAGGCACGAAUGUUAACCAUUGUUGAGCACUUAGAUUUACCCUGUACAAAAAUGGGACAGUUAGCGCUUUAUUUCUAAUUUCUGGCUGCUAUGUUUAGAAGUCAGCUGAAUCAAAACUGCAGUUGUUUCUUCUGCUACAUCAAGUAUUAUUUUGAAAUCUGUGAGUGGGCCAAUAAUACAUAUCACAGACAGCAUCCACCAUAUGUCGGUUUCCA